AUGUCAACAUCAAUCAAGGCACUCGGCCAGGACGAACAGCCCAGCGUCUCCCAUAAAGAGGUGUUGGAAUACGAUGAGGACAGCAAGCAGGACCAGUCUUCGGCUUUGGAGGGGUCGGCAGAGCCUGCUCAUAUCGAGUGGACGGAGGAGGAGUCUCGUCGCGUUCGAUUCAAGAUGGAUAUCUGCAUCUUGCCUUUGCUCUGUUUCCUCAUGAUCUGUUCGUUCCUCGACAAGUCCAAUAUCGGCAACGCUAAUACUGCCGGGAUGUCUGCGGAUCUUGGCCUGACCAACGACCAAUACACGAUGCUACUGACCGCGUUCUACAUCGUCUACGCCUGUUCGCAAUGGGAGAUCCUCAUGCUACGUUUCGUCCAGCCCAGGAUCUGGCUAUUCUUUGUUUGCAUGGCUUGGGGUCUUGCAAGUGCGAUGCAGGGUGUAACGACCAACUUUGGAGGUAUGAUUACCUGCCGUGUCCUGAUCGCCUUUUUCGAAGCCGGUGGAGUGCCCGCCAUCUCGCUAUACUUCUCCAUGCUAUAUCCGAAGGAAGAGUAUGGUUUGAGGUGGUGUAUCUUCCAGGCCUGCGCAGCUUUGUCCAACGCUUUUGCGGGUGCCCUCGCAUACGGCAUCGUCCAGAUCAAGAGCUCGAUACCGGCGUGGAAACUGCUAUUCAUCAUCGAAGCCAUGCCUACUUUUAUCUGCGGAGCCUUGAUAUUAUUCUUCUUGCCCUCCGGCCCGGGCAAGUGUCGCUUCCUGAACGAGCGAGAGAAUGCGGUCGCCUAUGCUCGAGUUUUCCAAGGAAAGCCUGGCGAGCAGGAAAAGGGGCUGAAUCUCAAACGAAUGAGCCGGGGUCUCAUUCGACCCUGGACUUGGCUCAUUGCUAUCAUCCACUUUUGCGGUUCAACCGCGUUCAACUCGAUUUCCGUCUUUUUGACUGCUAUUCUCCGGGAUAUGGGUUUCACUUCGAUCAAGGCACAGGGAAUGUCUGCACCUCCUUAUAUCGUCGCAUACAUCGUCGCCGUCGCCAUUGCCUUCUUGUCAGACCGCAAGAAGACAAGGGGAAUCUUUGUUGCCAUAUUCGGAUUGCUCGGUGGAGCAGGGUACAUCAUCGUGGCGUAUGCGCCUUCGAUGCCUGCCAGAUACUUCGGAGUGUUUAUGGUCGCUGUCGGCGUGUACACCGGACAGCCCAUGAUGUACGCCUGGUGUGCAAACAACGCCCACUCGCCGUCGGAGCGAGGCGCUUCGUUGGUGCUCUUCUCAGUCACCGGACAACUUGGAUCGAUUCUCGGAUCAAACAUCUACCCGAAACACAGCGCGCCUCGAUACUACCUGGGAAACACCGUUUGCGCCGGUGCGCUGUUCAUGUCUUGCGUGCUUUCAACCAUCGGGACCAUCGUUCUUCGACGACGAAACCGACUCAAGGCUAUCGCUGAUGCUCAAAGGACUCCCGAGGAAUUGCUCACGAUGCGGGCCGAUCCUGACAACCGCGCCAACUAUGUCUACACCAUCUGA